CCUCAUAUAAAGUCUCCUCCUUUCAUCAAUGGCCAAACCCUAAACCUUCUUUCUCUCAUUUCUCAGUUUCACGCCCGUCCAAAUGGGGCGAGUUAUUCGUGCUCAGAGGAAGGGUGCCGGCUCCGUUUUCAAGUCCCACACGCACCACCGGAAGGGACCUGCCCGCUUCCGUAGUCUGGACUUCGGCGAGCGCAAUGGUUACUUAAAAGGUGUGGUGACGGAGAUCCUGCACGAUCCUGGCCGUGGUGCCCCUCUUGCUCGCAUCACUUUUCGCCAUCCUUUCCGCUACAAGAAGCAGAAGGAGCUUUUCAUCGCCGCUGAAGGUAUGUAUACUGGCCAGUUUGUGUACUGCGGUAAGAAGGCUAACUUGAUGGUCGGAAACGUUCUUCCUCUACGAUCAAUCCCUGAAGGUGCCGUUGUCUGCAACGUCGAGCACCACGUCGGUGAUCGUGGCGUUCUCGCUAGGGCUUCUGGUGAUUACGCUAUUGUCAUCAGUCACAACCCCGAUAACGACACUACCAGGAUCAAGCUCCCAUCUGGUUCUAAGAAGAUUGUUCCAAGUGGGUGCCGAGCCAUGAUUGGUCAGGUUGCUGGUGGAGGAAGGACUGAGAAGCCUCUUCUCAAGGCUGGAAAUGCUUAUCACAAGUUCAAGGUGAAGAGGAACUGCUGGCCUAAGGUCCGUGGUGUAGCUAUGAACCCAGUUGAGCAUCCUCACGGAGGAGGUAACCACCAGCAUAUUGGUCAUGCCAGUACCGUUAGACGUGAUGCUCCUCCUGGCCAGAAGGUUGGUCUUAUUGCUGCAAGGAGAACAGGUCGUCUCAGAGGACAAGCUGCAGCUACUGCCGCAAAGUCGGACAAGGCUUAGAGAGUGGUAUUCCUUGGCUGCUUGCAUUUUUUGGUUUACGUUGGUUAGAGAUCUUUAUAAGACAAUCUGCUAAGCUGUAGAAGUUUUGUUGAAUUGCGAAGCUACACUGAAAUUGAACUAUUUUAUGAGUUGAUUUGAAAUAUAGCUACAUGUUUUGUUGGGAUA